GCUGGUUGGUAUGUCAAUGUGUGCUCAAAAUGUUUGACAUGUUUUGGCUCCGGAUGGUCAUGAAGCUGCCUUAGGGCAGCUGGCAUCAAUCCCCCAUUCCAGUGUAGUGCGCUGAUGACAGCGCUGGCCUAUGUGGCCUUGGGCGUCCUUCUGCCUGGCUUCGCCUGGAGCACCUCGCUCCGGGCCGACGUUUCAGCGGUGGAGGACCUAUGGGGAGGGAAGCUGCGCUCGCGGAGCCCCACUUGCUGUUUGUUUCGCGUGUUUGCUUCUGUGCGUUUUCUUUUCCAGUGACACUGAAGCAACCCCCAAGUAGAUAGCAAUGUGAACUCCCACAAAUCCUUCCACAAAUCUUCUACUGUACUGUAAAUGAUGCCAACAAAAACCUCGCAAAGACUUCGCAAAGCAUGCCAGGACCAUCCAAUGGGUGGCCCAAGCCGCAAGGUCCCGCAAGUAUUCCAUUGAGGUCCACAAUGGAGCCGGAUGGUCCUAGGAUGUCCUAGGUCCUAAGUCUUUGUUCCAGAUCCCAGUUCGAGGCUCGCGGUCUCAGGACGUUCUGCUGAAGCCAUCCACUUGGUCGAUCUACCCGCCACCACCCUUGCCACCGCGCUUCCUCAUCGUGUCCAGCCCGGCGGAGCGAAUGGUCAGCUAUUCGCAAAUUGGCGACGAUUACCGAGCAGUACGGGGCCUGGUGAAGCCUCUCAUCAAAGGUGUUAGCAGUCCAAAGGGCUUGGCCUUUGACCGUCGCCACAACCGGCUUUUUGUGGCAGAUCCUGGCUUGAGGAGGAUUCGAGCCUGGCAGCUGUACUUGGAGCGAUGCUUCACACCGGCGGAGAAGGCCGGUUUGCUGGGUGCAGCGGUGUCGGACCCCUUCACCACUGAUGCGGCUGAGGGUCCUGGGCGCUGUGACCUUCCAUGGGUCCUGCAUGCGAGUCAAGAGGUAACGGUGGUGAGCGACGUGAGUAGUGAGUGGGUGUCGUUGGACCAGAAGGGCAACCUCUACUACUCCGACUCAGAGAGAAAGUCAGUCAACAAGAUCGAUGCCUGGCUCCUCUUGAAUUUGGUUCACGGGGAGAUCACGCCUGCCGAGCUGAAGCGACGGAAUGCGGCGCGGUCCUCGAAGUCCUUGGAGAAGCAAGGUAAGGAAGCCAUGGAGGUGAAGUCGCAGUUGAAGAGUUUAGCACACAGCACAGAGGUUUUGGGCAACAUGGCCUUUGGAUCUCACGACGACGACACGUCCAUCCUGGAGCUUUUCCAGGCGCAGGACAGCCAGCAUGUGGCCACGCCUGCAGGGGUCGCCUCCGACGGCGUGCAGGUCUAUUGGGCCAACCAAGAUCAUGGUUUGCAGCAUGGCUCAGUUGCCACGGGCUUUGUGAGUGGUUCCCUUCCCAGUAGCAAGUUGGCCACCGAGAGCGCUAGCACCUUUGGGAUCGCAGCGACCAGCAACAUGGUGCUCUUCAGCAACGGCGCUGGCGUGUAUGGUGUUCCAAAGUUUGGUGGCGGCAACGCCACGGCCAUGAACGAGGGUUUCGUCAUCGCCCGCGGUUUGGCCUGGGAUGGUUCGGGCACAGUCUUCGUGGCGGAUGAGGGUGCCAGCACCGUGUAUGCCAUGCCUUGUGGAGUCUUGGUCGCGCAGCCCUUGCAGCCCGUCUUGCAGAUGCACGGAGCCUUUGGCUUGGCGUUGGUGCAGCCGACCGACCCAUUGGUCUCUGCGAGGUCGGCCGCGGCCGACCCGACGUUCCCCCUGUGGGUGGCCAUCUCUGCGGUUUGGGCAGCGGUUUGGAUGUCCUGAACGCCAUCGAAGCCUUAGAGCCGAUGCCAUCGAAGCCUUACAGCCUCAGGAUGCCAUCGAAGCCUCCCUCGCCUGCGGAACAAAAAGAAGACGUGAGACGCAAGGGAGAGCGGAAAAGUGCAUGAUGAUCCAGCGGACAUCGAUGGACAUCGUAUACGUUCGCCUUUUUCGGGCGAAGAAAGAGAAAUAGGGCGAC